CCCAAACUCAACAAAUUACGUGACUCGUUGUUGAGUCAAAUGCAAUUCAUAGAAUCUGGGCGCGAUAUAAAAUUACAAUGACUUGGAUACUUGUUAGCACUAGUCCAGCAUGAUCCCACCUUCAUCAUACAUAGAUUUCCUCAAUGGAAGUUAUAUUUUUCUUGCUACGAUGGUGGUCUUGGUUUAUGAUUUUUUGAUUAACCUUGAAUAUGAGAUUGCCUAUUGGACAAGCCAAAGAGUGUCGUUCGCAACAGUCGCAUAUGGGUUAUGCCAAGCACUCUCUCUUACUGCGUGCUUUGUUCGAAUCCCGAUUGUGUUCAUAUCUACCAUGGAAAAACUCGAUAAAAUGGAAUGCACAAUUCUUGAUCUUAUUGAUCUCUGGAUGCUUGUGUUGGUCCUUGUGUGUGUCGAGUGUAUCUUCGUCAUUCGAACAUAUGCAUUGUGGGGUCAAAAGAGACGGAUUCUAUACAUUUUAUCUGGCAGUUAUUUGGUGAUUCUUGCGGGGGCAUUUAAUUGUCUCGCACUAUAUAGUGUCGCUAUUGGUAAUUUUGGAGGCUGUGAUUUACCAGCACAUUCACAACAGCCUCUGAUAGCAGGGUACAUACUUCUAGUCGUACUAGAGCUAGAGGUUCUCGUGCUUUCUGUUUACAGGGCGUUCAAAUUGUAUCGUGCAAGUCGAGGAGUGCUUUUAGUUCUGCUUGUACAGCACAAUGUUGGAUAUUUCGCUGCUUGUCUUGUACUGAAUGGCAUCAAUAUGAUAAGUGCGGUUGGAGUGGCGACUCAUGACAAUGCAAUGAUGGAAGUGUAAGGCGUGUUUUCAAGUUGGGUAUGCCAAACAUCUUACUGCACUUCUCUCAGGACACAAAUCAUCCUGCAAGGGAUGCUUGCUACCCGGAUGCAGAUUGACCUUUGGAAAUCAGCCAAUGAAAUGAGUGAAUCAUCAACGGGCGAGAUGUCGAUGACAUUAAUGGAAUUUGCUGAGAGACGCGAUGUCGUGCAGG